AUGCCACGGGAUGCGAUGCAGCCAGACGUCAUAGGUGCUUGCGCCUGUGCCUCCUCUCUGCGACAAAUGGCCGGGUGGCGCCGCGCGAUGGUGCAGUUGGCGGUGGUGGAGGUCACAAAGGUCCUUUGCAACGCUGUCCUAAGCGUCAUGGAGGUUCAGUGGCGUGCAGCCCUGUGGAUGUUCCAAUGGUCUUUGUCGAAGAUCUCCUUAGAUACCAUCAGCUACAGCGCUGUGCUGGGCGCGUAUGCCUCCGGUGGUUUGUGGAUCCAAUGCUUCCAGCUCCUGAAGAUCAUGGCACAGCGGAAGGUGCUGUGUGACCUGAUCGCAUGGAACACCGCAGCAAAUUCAUGGGCGCAGACGGGAAGCCUUUGGCUCAUGGCCCUGCGGUCCCUUCUGACCUUGCGGCAGCAACGUUUGGGGCCUAGCGUGGUCAGCAUCACCUCUACCAUGAACGCCUGCCAUAAGGGCACUGCUUGGCCGGCGGCCGUCGCUGUGCACGCGGCCAGCCCGGUGAGAACGGCCGCAAGUUCUAACUGCUUGCUGAGUGCGAUGGCGCGCGGGAUUCUCUGGAGGGCAGCUUUGCGCCACACAGCUGGCACUGAUGCCACCGGUCGCACGGCCGUUCUGGAGGCUUUGGGCGCUACUGCCCAAUGGCAGCGCAGCCUGACACUGGCGCUCGCCAUUCGCCUGGAUGCGGUGGGCUUCAACGCGGUGUUGAGCAUCUUGGAGUCUGCGAAGCAAUGGCGCUACUCUGUGGAGGUGCUGGAAACAAUGCAAAAACUCUUGAUGAAGCUCAGCGUUUCUAGUUAUAGCCCUCUUCUUGGGCGCCAACAGCUCGGAGCCGUAAGGCUCUUGGAGGAGAUGCGCGCCUCGCAGGUGCCAGUCGAUGCCCUGGCCUUGUCCUUCGCCGUGGGAAAGGAUUGUGACAUGUCAAGCUUCAGGCUCUUGGCGGAGUUGCAGUCCUUGGCUUUGCAGGGCCUGAGGCCGGUGGGUUUGGAUCGUUCGGGUCUCGGUGCAGAAGCAAUGCAGGAUCCUCAUCGUAGAUGGUCCAUCCAGCAGGAGAUAGGUGCUCCGGCACUGGAAGCAGCCAACAAGGCUCUCGUUCUUCUAGAGGAGCUGAAUGACAAGAGACCCUUGGCGGCCACGAAGUAUGCCAUCCGAAGUCAUCUUCUGUUGCGGCAGAAUGAGGAAGCUCUGCAAGCUGCCGCAAAUGCUGCAGGGGAUGCCCAGCAGGGUGGAGCCGAAAAGACCAAGAAGACCACGUUGAAGUUCACCCUGGACUGCCAGCAGCCAGCUGAUGACAACAUCAUCGAGACCAAGGACUUUGAGCAGUUCCUGAUGCGUCGCAUCAAAGUGGACGGCAAGCCCGGCAACUUGGGAGAGAAGAUCACCAUCAACCGGGAGAAAGCCAAGAUCCAUGUGACCGCUGAGUCUCCUUUCUCCAAGCGUUACUUGAAGUAUUUGGGCAAGAAGUACCUGAAGGCGCAGCAGUUGCGGGAUUUCCUCCGCAUCGUGGCCCCCAACAAGACCUCUUACCAGAUGCGUUACUUCAACAUCAACGAUGACAAGGAUGAGGAGGAGUGA